GGGGGCCGAGGGGCAGCGAGUCCCCGCUCUCCGCCAUGGCCGCGUCCCUGGAGUCGCUGGAGUCCUGCCUGGAGCGGCACAUCCCGCCCGGGGACCUCGCCGAGGUGAAGCGGAUCCUCUACGGGGGCGAGGCCAGAAAACUUAAUUUGCCAAGUGCUGCAUGGUCAGCAGCUCAGGAAAGAGAUUUUGAGCUGCAGGGCUAUGGAUUUGAAGCUGCUCCGGAGCAGUUGAGAAGGCCACGUAUCGUUCGAGUGGGACUGGUACAGAAUAAAAUUCCCCUUCCCACAGACACACCAGUGGCAGUCCAGGUGGCUGCUCUGCACAGACGAAUUGAGGAGAUUGUGGGAGUAGCUGCAAUGUGUGGGGUCAACAUUGUGUGUUUCCAGGAGGCUUGGACCAUGCCCUUUGCUUUUUGUACAAGAGAGAAACUGCCUUGGACUGAAUUUGCUGAGUCAGCAGAGGAUGGGCCAACAACAAAAUUCUGUCAAGAGCUGGCAAAGAAACACAACAUGGUCGUGAUAUCUCCCAUCCUGGAGCGAGAUGAAAUACACGGCGGAAUUCUGUGGAAUACUGCAGUGGUCAUUUCUAACUCUGGGGCUGUCCUUGGCAAAAGCAGGAAGAAUCACAUUCCAAGGGUGGGAGAUUUCAAUGAGUCUACUUACUAUAUGGAAGGAAAUACAGGACACCCAGUGUUUCAGACCCAGUUUGGAGCAAUUGCUGUGAAUAUUUGCUAUGGGCGCCAUCACCCUCUGAACUGGAUGAUGUUUAGCAUGAAUGGGGCAGAGAUCAUCUUUAACCCUUCAGCCACUAUUGGGACACUCAGCGAGUCGCUGUGGCCGAUCGAAGCCAGAAAUGCUGCCAUAGCAAAUCACUGCUUCACCUGUCCCAUCAACAGAGUGGGCACGACUAGCAGGGAUGUCUCGAAUGAAAUGGAACUAUACUGCCACCUAUGGAUUCCUCUUGUUUCACAGGAAUACUACAAAAAUGCCUUUACUUCCGGAGAUGGUGGGAAAGCACACCAUGAGUUGGGCCAUUUCUAUGGCUCCAGUUACGUAGCAGCACCUGAUGGCAGCAGGACUCCGGGACUGUCUCGCACUCAGGACGGACUGCUGGUGGUAGAGAUGGAUCUGAACCUCUGCAGGCAAGUGGGUGACAAGUGGAAUUUUAAGAUGACUGGUAGAUAUGAAAUGUAUGCAGAAAAGCUCGCUGAAGCAAUGCAGCCUUACUUUAUACCCAAUAUCAUCAAAGAGUGAGCAUGUCAUUACACUCAAAUGUUACAAGGAAAAUUAAAAGGUACUGUUGGAUGAUAGCUGUCCUGUGGAUCACAAGUUGUUCUUUUAAUGUUGUCAGUUUAAUUUCCUGUAACCAACUUUAAAUAAUAGGAUUCAAAACUAUCUUAAGUAAAAUAAUUGAAAAUGGCUUCUUGAGUGUUUGGUUUGUUAUUUACACUAAUGAAUGGAAAGUUUUGUUCCUUACUAGACAUACAUCCAGUAGGAACACAUUGAUAUAAAAUGAUAAUGAAAUUUAUUCAAUACAGUAUACUAUGUUGUAGUUUGAUGAUGAGUUCACAGGACAGAAAUAUUUUUACAUGAUAUGUGCAUUGUGCCUCUGUUUACUUCUGCUCUCUAGUUUUCACCCUGUAAUCAAAUGUGUACUCUAGGGAGAAAGGAGAAAUAAACUCUUUUCAUCUGAGUUUUUUUUCCCUAACUGCAAACUAUUUGAUGCCACUCUGUCAGAGCUGAGGAAUGUCCCAGACAUGUCCUAGUUGUCUGAAGAUCUGGGGGUGCUGUAAAGCAAGAGCCCCUGGGUUCUGUUUCCCUUUACACCACAAGCACAGUUGAGCUGGUGUCUUUGAUGGGCCCCUCCGAGGUGCAGAAGUCAUUUUGAGACGGUGCUUUCAGUGUUUGGGAGGCAGAAAUAGAGACCCUGGCUAGAGCACAGCCAUGGCUGGGGCAGUUGCACAGUUUCCCUGUCAACAGAAAGCCAUGGAGCUGCUAUUGGGGAUCAGGAUGGGUACGGAAAACUCCUUCCCUGGAGCUGCACUCCAGUAGGAUACUCAGUGCUUGUGGAGUGCACAGGACAGCUGUGGAAUACAGGUAAUAACGGUACAUUUGCAAUUCUCAACAGUGUGUUCUGAAAUUUUGCUUUGUAUGAUUCAGAUUAUGCAGAAGGUGCUCAGGCAACACAGACUGAAUACAGUUCACAGCCAUGCAACUAUGAAUUUAUAGCUGUAAUCAAUAUUUGAACUCUUAUUUUCGUUUAUUUUAGGACAGUUUCAG